CGCCGCGCGCCGUCAGUGCACUCGCCGCAGGCCGAACGUCCGCACCGUGUAUGUCCACACGCGUUGUCUGAUAGGUGAAAUCUCGUCGGUCCCACGUGCGCGGCCCUCGUAUCCGUUGUCCACUGGCGACAUACUAUCGCCGGAAGUCCGAACCACUGUCGCCGGAAACACUGUCAGUUCACGGGGGGUGGGGUCGCUCUGGAGUUUCGACGAGAUUCUUGUCAUGACGCGCUCGCGCUGCUAGGGAACUCGUGAACUCCACACUUGCCAUGCUGUUGUUUUGCCAAAGACCCGACCGGUACGUGGUCAUCUGGCUGUUUCAGAUACUCACCGUCAUCUGUGCAGUAUUGACGGACGAUCCGAAUUUCGCAGAGCCUAUACCAAAUGUUACAGUGUCGCUUGGGAGGGACGCAUCCCUUCCAUGUGUAGUCAACAAUCUCGGCACGUACAAGGUGGCGUGGAUCCACAUCGAUCGGCAAAUGAUAUUGACUAUUCAUCGUCACGUGAUAGCCCGAAUACCACGAUUUGGGAUUACGCACGAUAGUCAAAAAACGUGGCUGUUGCAUGUCAAAGGCGCGCAGCCUGAAGACAGAGGCUAUUAUAUGUGUCAAGUGAACACAAACCCCAUGAUCAGUCAAGUUGGAUACUUACAGGUGGUUGUACCACCAAAUAUCAUUGAUGAAGAAAGUUCUACAUCUUCAGUAUCCAUCCGGGAAAAUCAAAAUCUAUCCCUCACGUGCAAAGCAGAAGGAUCACCGACACCAAAAAUUAGUUGGAAAAGAGAAGACGGUAUUAAUAUAGCGACGGAUCGAAAAAAAAAAGCUGUGGAGAAGCUGUUCGGCGACACGUUAAACUUGACAAGAGUCAACAGAGCGGAUAUGGGCGCAUAUCUCUGUAUCGCUAGCAACGGUGUGCCUCCGUCAGUUAGCAAGCGCAUUAUACUCGACGUCGAAUUCUCGCCGAUGAUAUGGGUACCGAAUCAGUUGGUCGGAGCUCCGUCCGGCACGGACGUGACGAUCGAUUGCCAGACGGAGGCGUAUCCUAAGUCGAUAAACUAUUGGUCGUUCCGCGACUCGAAAACGAUGCUGUUCGCCAACAAGAAGUACGUGACGUCGGACUCCGAAAAAAGGUACCACAUCCACAUGCGACUCACUAUCCGGGACCUGAGCCAAUCGGAUUUCGGCAAUUACAAGUGCAUAUCCAAGAACUCGCUCGGCGAAACCGAGGGCUCCAUCAGACUUUACGAAAUACCAAAACCUUCUUUAGCCCCAAAAAGUGCGUCCGAACUCAACCGGGCGAAUAAAGAAGUUUUGAAGCAACCGAAAGUGUCGGUGGUGCGAAACAUGACUGGCCAGUCUGUCCGGGACAACCGGCAGCAUCAGUCGCGUCCCGUCAGGCCCACCGUUCCUGGGAGACUCGAGGCCUCAGGCAAUUGGGGGCCUAGCAGUUACAGCCGGUCUCAAAUCGUAAUAACCGUGUUUGGUGUGGUCACGUGUCUCACGUCCUCGCAUCACAUACCAUCAUGAACGGCUCAACAUCCUUAUUAUAUAUAAUCAUAACAUUAUAUUAUUCUACAAUAAUAGCUGAAUUUUUGUUUUGUUUUGUUGUAUAAAUUUUAAUAUAUAUUAUUAUAUAAUAA